AUGAAGACAGCUCAAGCUCUGCAGAGAAUGUGGUCACAUGCAGUCAAAAAGUUGGGGAUUUUGAAAGGGCACGCCCCAGGCAUGGAAGAGCUGAUAUGGGAACAGUACACUGUGACCUUACAAAAGGAUUCAAAACGAGGAUUCGGGAUCGCUGUCUCUGGCGGCAGAGAUAACCCUCAUUUUGAAAAUGGUGAAACAUCGAUAGUCAUUUCCGAUGUUCUCCCAGGUGGUCCAGCAGAUGGAUUACUUCAAGAAAAUGACCGGGUUGUCAUAGUUAAUGGGACCCCAAUGGAAAAUGUUCCACAUUCUUUUGCAGUCCAGCAGCUUCGUAAAAGUGGAAAAGUGGCGACCAUUGUAGUGAAAAGACCAAGGAAAGUGCAGGCUGCUGCACUGAGGAGAAGCCCUUCCCUUGACUAUGAGGACAGAGCUUUAGAUGUAAUGGAUGACCACGCAGAAUUUGAUGGCAAAAGUGCUCGAAGUGGCUAUAGCGAGAGGAGCUGGCAUACUGGUAAUGGAGGGCGCAGCCAAAGCUGGGGAAACAGCCUGGAUCAGAGCUAUAGAGAUGAACAAGACAGAGGGCGGAACCGAAGCCGAGGCCGUGACAGGGAAUGCAGCUACAGCCGCGAUCGAAGUCGUGGUAGGAGCGUCGACAGGAGCUUGGAUCGAGACUAUAGAAGAGAUCGGAGCAGGGGAAGGAGCAUCGACAGGGAUGGCGGCUAUGAACGGGACUACAGAGGAGACUACAGCCCACCCAGUUACAGUCACGGCUCUCAGCCUGAUCCUAGAUACGGGAGGGAAGUGAGGAGUCGAAGUCAGGACAGGCUUCGUUCCCGAAGUCCCACGCCUGAUCUACACCUUCAGCAUGAGUACCUAGGACCGCAGGAUCAGAAUGGACCGGUUAGUGUCCUCUUAACAAAGGGCCGACAUAACGAAGAAUAUGGUCUCCGGCUUGGAAGUCAGAUCUUCAUAAAAGAAAUGACCCGCACUGGCCUAGCAACCAAAGACGGCAACCUUCACGAAGGGGAUAUCAUUGUCCAGAUCAAUGGUACCGUGACAGAGAACAUGUCUUUAGCUGACGCCCGAAAAUUGAUUGAGAAGUCACGAGGAAAGCUCCAGCUGGUUGUCCUCAGGGACAGAAAGCAGACACUGCUCAACAUUCCUUCACUGAAUGACAGCGACUCAGAAAUGGAUGACAUUUCUGAAAUAGAGUCAAACAGAUCAUUCUCCCCUCAAGAUGACAGAUUACAUCAUUCUGAUAUAGAUUCGCAUUCAUCCAAUGAAAAGCUGAAAGAGAAACCAAAUGCAAAAGAUGAUCCAUCCAGUAGGAUGUCCAGGAUGGGAGCAAUGCCUACACCAUUCAAAUCGACUGGUGACAUUGCUACUCCUGCUGUUACAGUUGUAGACACAAACAAAGAACUGAAGUACCAAGAUGACCCAGCAGUGUCUCAACCAAAAGCAGUUACAAGAACGAUUCUUAAACCCAGCCCUGAAGAUGAAGCAAUAUAUGGUCCUAAUACCAAAAUGGUGAGAUUCAAAAAAGGGGACAGCGUGGGUCUUCGGCUGGCUGGUGGAAAUGAUGUAGGGAUAUUUAUUGCUGGAAUUCAAGAAGGCACCUCAGCUGAUCAGGAGGGACUGCAGGAAGGAGAUCAGCUUCUUAAGGUAAACACUCAAGACUUCAGAGGCAUUGUUCGGGAAGAUGCUGUUUUGUAUCUCUUAGAAAUUCCCAAAGGUGAAACAGUGACGAUGUUGGCUCAAAGCAAAUAUGAAGUCUACAGAGACAUCAUGGCCUGUGGCAGAGGAGAUUCCUUUUUCAUCAGGAGCCACUUUGAGUGUGAAAAAGAGUCACCACAGAGCUUAGCAUUCACCAGAGGGGAGAUCUUCAGAGUAGUUGACACGCUGUAUGACGGUAAACUGGGAAACUGGCUGGCCGUGAGAAUUGGAAACGAACUGGAAAAGGGCCUCAUUCCAAAUAAGAGUAGAGCUGAGCAGAUGGCCAGUGUUCAAAAUGCCCAAAAAGAUGGCUCGAGCGACAGGGCGGACUUCUGGAGAACACGUGGCCAGCGGUCAGGUGGGAAGAAGAAUCUGAGGAAGAGUCGUGAAGAUCUGACCGCGAUUGUAUCUGUGAGCACAAAAUUCCCAGCUUACGAGCGAGUUCAGUUGCGUGAGGCUGGUUUUAAGAGACCUGUGGUGAUAUUUGGCCCUAUCGCAGAUGUCGCUAUGGAGAAGUUGUCAAAUGAUUUGCCUCACCUGUACCAGACAGCAAAGACGGAACCCAGAGAUGCAGGUUCGGAGAAGUCAACUGGGGUAGUGCGCUUGAACACCGUGAGGCAGAUCAUUGAGCAGGAUAAACAUGCUCUGUUGGAUGUGACUCCGAAGGCAGUGGACCUGCUAAAUUAUACCCAGUGGUUUCCCAUUGUGGUCUUCUUUAACCCAGACAGUAAGCAGGGUGUGAAAACCAUGAGACAAAGGCUAUGUUCCACAUCUAACAAGAGCUCGAGAAAACUUUAUGAGCAAGCAAACAAACUGAAGAAAACUUGUUCCCACCUCUUCACAGCCACCAUCAAUUUGAAUUCAGCCAAUGAUAGCUGGUAUGGUAGUCUGAAAGAUACAAUUCAGCAGCAGCAAGGAGAAGCAGUAUGGGUAUCGGAAGGAAAGAUGGACAGCAUGGAAGAUGAUGCAGAUGAUCGUAUGUCUUACCUUACUGCAAUGGGUGCUGACUAUUUGAGUUGUGACAGUCGACUGAUCAGUGACCUGGAGGAUACAGAUGGAGAAGGAGGUGCAUACACUGAUAAUGAACUUGAUGAGCCCUUGGAUGAACCAAAGAUUUCAUCUGUCAGCCGGUCCUCUGAACCUGUGCAUCAUGAGGAGGGAAAGUUACAAAACAGAGAGGAUCUGUACGACUUCCCCAAGAGCACGGACCCCAAGUCGGGUAACGUCGCUGUCAGCAGCGAGACUCACGCCGCCUCAGCUAAAGCAGCACCACCGCCUGUUUCUGCGAAACCUGCCUUUGGGCGUCCCAUCCUGAGAAACUCUCAGCCCACAGCCCCACCUGCAGAGGAAGAGGAGGAAGUAAAGUUGGAAGAGGAGGGAAGUGAACAAGAAAAUACUCCAAAAUCUGUACUGAGGAAAGUCAAAAUAUUUGAGGAGAUGGAUCAUAAGGCAAGAAUGCAAAGGAUGCAAGAGCUACAAGAGGCCCAGAAUGCCAGGCUUGAAAUAGCCCAGAAGCACCCAGAUAUUUAUGCUGUCCCUGUCAAAACACAGAAGUCGGAGCAGAACUGGCCCCAGCCUGUGAGCUCCAGACCUCCAGAACCCCAGAAACCUCCUGUCAGACCAUACCUAGAGCACGGCGGCAGUUACGGCAGCGAUGCGGAGGAGGAGGAGGAGUACCGGCGGCAGCUAUCAGACCACUCUAAGAAGGGGUAUUACGGACAGCCAUCCAGAUACAGAGACACGGAAUUGUAG